GUAAUACUUCAUAACAAAAAAUUUGCCGGGAACUCGACUGUGCCAAAGCUACUGUCGAAGCUGAGAAAGAAGCUAUCGGGGGAAAUAUAUUUUUCCUGAUUAUUUAGCCGCCGUGUCUCGGGUUUUAUCGGAUCAGGCAAAAUGGACGAAUACGAUGAACUGUUCGAGGUACACGACGACUUCGAGGAGCAGUUUGCCGACGAGCUGGAGGUGCUGGCUGAGAUGGAGGAAGAAACUUGCAAGCCGGGGAAACGCCACAGUCAGGGUCCAGGAGACGACAUCUCGGAUAUAGAGCACCUGCUGGACGAUCAGCCCAUCACUCCAAAGGCAAAGCGACAGAAGCAGGACGUCGGUGUGGUCAAGCGACUGUUCAACGCAGCACAAGUUCAAGAGAGCAAAGUCCCUUCACUGAGUGAUGACAUCACACCGCCAUCCUCUCCAGAGCACUAUGAGCCCUCUCACGCCAUCAGCUCUACCCCUGCUGUGCUGGAUAUCAGCGGCUUUGCUGAGAUUCCACUGACUCCACAGCGACCUCCCACAGCGGCGCCGGCAUCCCUGCGUGUGCUGAAGCGACCUCCUUUAGAGGGAGACUACAUCAGCGUGACGGACUCGUCUGGGAAUCGGGUGUACCUCAGACAGAAAGAGAACGCAGAGACAAAGACAGCAGACUCCAGAAUAGUACCAAACUCCCAGGGUGGACUGGGGCUGCUGGCAGUGCCCAUAGGACUGCUGAGAGAGCAAGAAGCAGACAGGCGCCACCAACAGGUUGUGGAGGAAUCGCAGCGUCUUACAGAGCUGUUAGCCAGCAGUGUAAACGACGCGUUAGUUGAGUCUGAAAACCCAGAAGAUGAAGAAAACGAGGAUCCAGAGGACACAGAGGGCCGAGCAUCUCGGUUGUGGGUGGACAGAUUUUCACCGCGUCACUACACGGAGCUGCUCAGCGACGAUUUCACCAACCGCUGUCUGCUCAAGUGGCUGAAGCUGUGGGACACCGUAGUGUUUGGAAGAGAGAGGAAGUCCCGCCCUGCCCGAUCCGACAGACAGGCUGCCAAUCAGAAAGCAUUUAAACCCAAUCAAGGAAAUCAGAAUCAAAAUCGCUUCAAGAGCAAGGUUGAGGUGACCGAGGAGCUGCUGGAGGCAGAACUGGACCAGUACAAACGACCCAAAUUUAAGGUGGCGUUGCUAUCCGGUCCUCCAGGUUUGGGGAAGACCACCCUGGCUCAUGUCAUUGCAAAGCAUGCUGGGUACAACGUGGUUGAAAUCAAUGCCAGUGACGAUCGCAGCGCCGAGGUGUUCCAGAAACGCAUCGACACAGCGACACAGAUGAAGUCCGUUUUGGGAGCCAAUGAGAGGCCGAACUGCCUCAUUAUCGAUGAGAUUGACGGAGCACCUGCGGCCGCCAUCAACAUACUGCUGGCAGUUCUGAACAGGAAAGACGGACACGGGAGUGAGGCUGGCGCGGAGACGGCGAAGAAGAAGAAGAAGAGGGAGUCCAUCUUACUGCGACCAAUCAUCUGCAUCUGUAACGACCUUUAUGUCCCAGCUCUCCGGCCUCUCAGGCAGCAGGCUUUCCUCCUGGCUUUCCCACAGACUCAGCCUUCCCGCCUGGCACAGAGACUGGCAGAGAUCUCACUCCGCCAGGGGCUGAAGGCAGACACGGGCACCCUGAUGUCACUGUGCGAGAAGACCGACAACGACAUCCGGUCCUGCAUCAACACGCUGCAGUUCCUUCAUAGUCGUGGCGUCAAGCAGCUGGACAGCAAGACGAUUCAGAGCAUCUCUGUGGGGCAGAAGGACCAGAACAAAGGCUUGUUCCAUCUGUGGCAGGAAAUCUUCCAGUUACCACGUACAAAACGGAAACGUGUCGGUGAGGGGUUUGAGGACGGACCGGGUUCGGGAAGUGGAGCUCACAGGUUCCAGCACAUCUUGCAUCUGGCUUCGUCUAGUGGAGAAUAUGAAAAGGUUUCUCAGGGUCUGUAUGAUAAUUAUCUGUCCAUGCGUGUGAGGGACCCAAACCUCCAGAGCACGUGCGAGGCGCUGGAUUGGCUGGCCUUCUCAGACAAGCUGAGCCACGUGAUUCUGCACGGGCAGAACUUCUCUCUGAUGAAAUACCUGCCCUUCCUUUCCAUCACAUUUCACUUCCUGUUUGCCCACACGAACGUGCCCCGCAUCAGCUAUCCCCACAGCCAGCACGAGGCCUCCUCCCGGCUCCUCAGCUGCAAGAACGCUCUGUCCACCAUGUUGGCCGACACCCCAGCAAGCAUCAGAGCGAGGAUCAGUCAGCUCAGCCUGACCCUCGAUAUCCUCACCUUGCUUCUCGACAUCAUCUGUCCCAAACUACGGCCCGUGAAUCCACAGCUGUUCAGCAGCAGAGAGAAGGAGCAGAUGCGUGAGCUGAUCGACACCAUGCUGGCAUACAAUCUCUCUUACAGGCAGGACCGCACUCCAGAGGGACAGUACACCUACGUGCUGGAGCCGCGCGUCGAGGAGGUGGUGAGGUUUCCAGGCCUGCCUCCGCGCCGCCAGCUGACGUACCAGGCCAAACAAACCAUCAGCAGAGAGAUGGAGCAGGAGAAGAUGAGGAGGGCCGAGCAACUGAUGCUGCUGCGAAACCCAGCACCGAAAGCGGAGGACAAAAAGAGCGCCGGUCCUAAAGCAAGCAGGAACCACCAGCAGAGGCUGGAGAACAUCGUCAAGCAGACCACAGUGGAGAGCAGGCCUGAGGUGGAUUUCUUUGGUCGAGCUGUUGCCCCUAAACCCCAGAGACCACAGCCGUCAUCAGACACAGGUGAGAAGAGAGCAGAUCUAUCUAUGGGGACAGCAGUGGGCAACAGUGACGUGUGGUUCCGGUUUAAUGAGGGCAUGUCCAACGCUGUCAGACGAAAUGUUUACAUCAGAGAUCUGCUGUAGCGCGCGCACACACACGCGCACACACACGCGCACACACGCGCACACACGCUACUGUCUCAUUGUCAGCUGCACUUGUUGUUGUAUCAUAUGAAAGAAUCUUAAUCAAUGCGUGUUAAAUUCAAAACAGUCUUUAUUUGGAUUGACAGUGUAAAGAGCCAAUAAAAAGGUGCUGUUCAUCAAAACAAACCUCUAGAAAGCUACUCGGUGCUGCACACUCACACAUACGCUCGUCUCCACAGAAAGCAUUCAGAGAAAAGCGGUGAUAGCACUGAUCGUGUGUGUGAGCGAGCAUGUGAGUUAGUGCAGUGCGUCAUCCUUCAGUUUGUAUGCAUCCGUGAUUGUGUGUGUGUGCGUGUGUGCGUAUAUAUUUAUAUAUAUAUGUGUGUGUGUGUGUGUGACCGCUAGAGAAUCACACACUUGCCCUUCUCCACCCAGGGAUUGGCUCUCAUGAGCUCCGGAUUCAAAAAUGGAUCUUCACAAACACAUCCCUCGAUCCAUUUCACCAGCCUACAAAAAAAGAUAAAAGAAAGAGAGAGUCGUACGGUCAGCAACGGGUCACACGCUGUACUGAACAGAGAGGGAACGAGUGUGUGUGUGUGUGCAGCAGGUGGACUCACUCAGUGACAGUGAUGGAAGAUUUCUCUCUGUUGAUUGCCAGCUGAUACUGAAGGCUUUCCACUUCGCGCUUCAUCUGUGGGAUGUCCCAUUCCUCCAUGAUGCUACUGUUGUGUAUACACACAAACACACACACGCAGAUCAGAGACUGAAAGAGCACAGCUCUGCUACACAGAUGAUUAAAGCUUGUUUUUGUUUUGCAACUGCGCCAAUUUUAGAGUGCUAAAAGAAGUAAAAGCAGCCGACUGAUCCUGCUCCAGCUCCUUUUUGAAGCGGGAGUAUUUUUGUUGUCGCUUCAUCACACCUCGCGUAACUUCUGCUCUGAGUCAUAAUUCACUGCGUGGAUAAGCUCUGCACAGAGAACCAGUGUUGUGUUAUUUUCUAAUUUUUCAAAAUAAAACUCACGUUUAAAAAAAAAACUAAUAAACAGACAACUUUUUGCAAACAUUACUCUAACAGGUGUAAAUUGCGCUCGUGUUGUGGACUAUUUUCAGCUGUGGAUGAAUACGAUUUUACUGGCUGUUGACCUCUGACUCCAGAAGGAUGGUUUGUGUGGGAUUAGGCAUACAGCAGUGUCCAUGUACAUAAUGGAGAAGCAGGUUUCAGAGAGACUGCGCAGUAAAAUGAUCGGAAGUAAAAUAAGUAAAAGGGCUUGACUUAAUUAAUGAGGUGGGAGGAUUUAUCCAAAUAAUGAUAGUAUCGAUACCAACACUGAUACUGGCAUCAGAUUGAUACUGCCGCAACAGGAUGGAUAUUUUGUUUCUAUUCUCUCUCUCUUUUUUUUAAAGAAAACAUGCUUCAAACAUGCGCUAUGAAAAAUGUCUCAACCUUUGUGUUGACUGUCGCAUCUAUUUUAUUUAUAGCCUAGAGCAAAUUUCAGCAACGGCCAGGUCUUCAAAAUACAUAAAAAGCUUAAA